UUUUUUUGUAUUAAAAUGUAUUGUUGGUUGCCUACGAAUAAGGGGAACCUAACCUGUAAAAUGUUUUGUUGUGAAAAAAUCCUAACGGCGAUAACCGUUGGGGUGAAGACUCGUACUUUUGCAAGUGUUGCAAGUGUAAAAAUGGCCGGUUGGAAGGAAGACAAAGAAAAAUUUCUGUCUAUGCCCCUGGACGCCAAAAGAAAAUUCUACGCCGGAAAGCAAUACAAACAAAUAUCAGACAUCCCAACUUGGGAGGAAUACGCCAAAAAAGCGACCCUCGCCCCACAAAUCCCUUCAAAGACCGACUUCCAAAUCGACAGUUCCCUCAAUAGCUCUCUCUGUAAGAAGGUUUCGAUUUUCCAGGGCGACAUCACAACUUUAGAGAUUGAUGCGAUUGUGAACGCCGCCAACACGUCCCUCCUGGGCGGCGGCGGCGUCGACGGGGCCAUCCACCGGGCCGCUGGCCCCAAUUUGCUCGCCGAAUGCAAGACUCUCAAUGGGUGCCCCACCGGAGACGCUGUCAUAACUGGGGGCUAUAAACUACCAGCGAAAUAUGUGAUCCACACGGUGGGGCCCAGGGGCGAAAAACCGGGCCUUUUGCAACAGUGCUACCGAAACUGUCUUAAAAUCAUGGCAGAGAGGAAACUGCAAACUGUGGCGUUCCCGUGCAUUUCCACCGGGAUUUACGACUACCCCAACGAGCCUGCGGCACAUGUAGCCGCCUCGGAAGUGCGCAAAUUUUUGGAAAAAAACAGCGAGGUUGAGAGAGUCGUUUUUUGUAUUUUUCUGGACCAGGAUCAUGUGAUUUAUGAGGGGGUUUUGCAGUCGUAUUUUCCUUUGAAAUAAAUGUUUGGUGUUACUUAA